AUGUUUAUCAUGACUAUUGGUGUUUUGCUAAUAAGAGGUUCUAAGCUCCUUGCAGUUGAAAACCAGGGAUGCAAACCCAUGGAGCGUAUUGAUAUUAUGGGUGGUUCAGCAUCAGCCAGUCCAUGCUCAUCAUACCAACCAAGUCCAUGUGCAUCUUAUAACCCAAGCCCUACAGUAUCAUCUUUUCCUAGUCCAAUCUCAUCCCAUAAUACUGUUAAUGCCAAUAAUAUUGCUGAUGCCAACUCUCUCAUUCCAUGGCUGAAAAACCUAUCAUCUGGGUCAUCACCUGCUUCGUCCAAGCUUCCCCAGCAUCUGUACAUAACGGGAGGUUCUAUAAGUGCUCCAGUUACACCACCACUAAGCUCCCCUACUGCCCGAACUCCCCGAAUGACAAAUCAUUGGGAUGAUCCAACUGCUGGUCCUCCUUGGUCCGGGCAGCACUAUGCCUUUCUACCUUCUUCCACCCCACCAAGCCCAGGCCGUCUAACCCCUCCUGAUUCAGUAUGGCUCUCUGGUGUUCAAACUCCCCAAGAUGCGCCAUCAUCUCCUACAUUCAGCCUUGUCUCGUCAAACCCAUUUGGCUUCAAAGAGGCAUUAUCAGCUCCAGGGUCCCGGAUGUGGACUCCGGGACAAAGUGGGACAUGCUCUCCAGCAGUUACGGCUGGGUUUGACCAAACAGCUGAUGUUCCUAUGUCAGAUGCAAUUUCUGCCGAGUUUGCAUUUGGCAAUAACACCAAGGGGCUAGUAAAGCCAUGGGAAGGAGAGAGGAUACAUGAGGAAUGUGUCUCUGAUGAUCUUGAGCUUACCCUUGGGAACUCUAGUACCAGAUAAUAGAGAGAUGUGAUAGAAGAAAGGAGAGAAAAACAACCAUGUGCCAAUUGAUUUGGUUUAUACCUACCCUUUCUGCAACUUUACCGAGUGAUGUUUUAAUCUGUUGAUUCUUUAUGAAUUCGCGUUACUCAGGUUACCAAAUCAGGG